AUGGAGUUCACGAUCCACGAGAUCAACAACAGAACAGAUCUCCUGCCGGGAAUCACGUUAGGAUACCAGAUACACGACACGUGCGCUGAAGUGGCAAUUGCAGUCAAAGUAGCAUUUCAGUUUGCAAACGGCAUGGAACCAUUUUUCAGUGAUACUGAUUCCUGUUCAAAAUCUGCAGCCGCCGCUGUUCCUGCUCUCGUGGGCGAGUCUUCUUCUACACGUUCAAUUAGCAUGACAAGAAUGCUGGGUCUUUUCGGAAUUCCACAGGUGAGUCCUUACGCAACGUGCGCGUGUCUGAGUGAUAAGCGUCAGUAUCCUGCCUUCCUCAGGACUAUACCAAGUGACCACCACCAAGCGGCCGCACUGGCAAAAAUCGUCAAGCAUUUUGGCUGGACAUGGAUUGGGGCAGUGCGCAGCGACACAGACUAUGGAAAUUAUGGAAUGGCGUCGUUUCUAAAGGCUGCGCAGGAGGAGGGAAUCUGUGUGGAGUACUCCGAGUCCUACUACAGAACACAUCCACGCAGUAAACUGGAGAGAGUGGCGAACGUCAUCCGGAGAUCAACAGCCCGGGUAAUAGUAGCGUUUGUCCACGAAGAGGAAUUGAAACUUCUCUUAGAGGAGCUGACAAGACAGCCGCCGCCUCCCCUUCAGUGGAUCGGCACUGAAGCGUGGAUUAUGGAUCCAUCUUUUCUGCGCUUUAACAUGUGCGCUGGCGCGAUAGGAUUUGGGAUCCCCCGCUCGGUGAUUCCAGGUCUUCGUGAGUUUCUUCUGGAUCUCUCUCCAGCACAAGCACUGAAAUCUCCUCUGCUAACGGAGUUUUGGGAGAGCUCGUUCAGCUGUAGCCUAACAGGCUCCUCAGAGGGCGCGCGGGAAUGUGAUGGCAGUGAGGAUAUCCGCGCGCUGCAGAACCCGUAUACAGAGACGUCGCAGCUGCGCAUCACUAACCUGGUGUAUAAAGCUACGUAUGCCAUAGCGCAUGCCAUCCACGGUGUUAUCUGUAAUGACACGCAGUUUCUGUUGACAGUUUGCAAAUUGUGCGUUGCACUGCAGAUACUCGACCAGCUCAAGAGAGUGAACUUCACUACAAAAAAUGGCUAUCAGGUCUCGUUUGAUUCCAGUGGUGAUCCUGUGGCCGUCUACGAGCUCAUAAACUGGCAGUUCAAGAAAGAUGGUGGUUUGGGUUUCGUGACUGUGGGUCACUACGACUCAUCCAGACCAAGAGGCCAGGAGUUCAGUAUGAGCAGAGCUAUCAGCUGGAUGGAGGGACAGACAGAGGUGCCAAGAUCUGUGUGCAGUGAGAGCUGUCCUCCAGGAACCAGGAAGGCUGUGCAGAAAGGAAAGCCAGUCUGCUGCUAUGACUGUAUACCAUGUGCAGAAGGAGAAAUCAGUAACAAGACAGAUUCUUUGAACUGUAUGCGCUGCCCUCAUGAGUUCUGGUCCAACAACCAGCAAGACAGCUGUCUCCCCAAGCUUGUGGAGUUUCUGUCCUGGGACGACUCUCUAAGCAUCACCCUUACAGUAUUCUCUGUUGCCGCAACAUUUGUGGGUGGAUGUGUGGCUGCUGUUUUCUACAAACACAGAGCUUCUCCAAUCGUCCGAGCCAACAACUCAGAGCUGAGCUUCCUGCUGCUUUUCUCACUGACUCUGUGUUUCCUCUGUUCACUUACUUUCAUUGGUCGGCCCUCUGAUUGGUCCUGUAUGCUGCGUCACACAGCUUUUGGGAUCACCUUCGUCCUCUGCAUCUCCUGUGUUCUGGGGAAAACCAUAGUGGUGUUAAUGGCCUUCAGAGCUACAGUUCCAGGCAGUAAUGUCAUGAAAUGGUUUGGGCCUCCACAGCAGAGACUCAGUGUUUUUGGUUUCACUCUCAUACAGGUCCUUAUUUGUGUUAUUUGGUUGACAUCAUCUCCUCCUUUUCCAAUCAAAAAUUUUAAGCAAUAUAAGGACAAGAUAAUACUGGAAUGUGCAUUAGGUUCAACUGUCGGCUUCUGGGCUGUGUUGGGUUAUAUAGGAUUUCUGGCUUUUUUGUGUUUUAUUUUGGCUUUUCUAGCACGGAAGCUGCCUGAUAACUUUAAUGAAGCCAAGUUCAUCACAUUCAGCAUGCUCAUAUUCUGUGCAGUGUGGGUUACCUUUAUCCCAGCUUAUGUCAGCUCUCCUGGAAAGUUCACUGUAGCUGUAGAGAUAUUUGCUAUUCUGGCCUCAAGCUUUGGAUUGUUUACUUGUAUUUUUGCUCCCAAGUGUUACAUAAUCAUGUUUCAGCCAGAGCAGAAUACCAAGAAACACCUUAUGGGCAAAGGACCCUCCAAAGGGCUGAUAACUACCACUAUCAUGCAGAUGAUUUCAGGUUUCAUGAUGCUGUGCAUAACUUGGCUGAGCCCAGCAGCGUGUAAAGAUGACCCAGUCAGCUGCAGACUGUGGGCUGAGCCUCAGGCGAAUGGUUUUUAUAUGAAUGGAGAUUUUGUGAUUGGGGGGACUUUCGCCAUUCAUUACUACAUGAGAUCAGAGCAGAACAGCUACACCAGAGCGCCACUCCAGCUGCAGUGCUCUGGGAGGUCUGUCUGUGAUAUGAAUUUCAGGGAGCUGCGCUUCGCUCGUGCCAUGGAGUUCACUAUCCACGAGAUCAACAACAGAAAUGAUCUCCUGCCGGGAAUCAGAAUAGGAUACCAGAUACACGACUCGUGCUCUGAAGUGCCGAUGGGACUCAAACUUGCAUUUCAGUUUGCAAACGGCAUGAAACCAUUUUUCAAUGAUUCUGAUUCCUGUUCAAAAUCUGCAGCCGCUGCUGUUCCUGCUCUUGUGGGAGAUUCUCAUUCCACCCCCUCUAUCAGUAUGGCCAGAAUGCUGGGUCUCUUUGGAAUUCCACAGGUGAGUCCCUAUGCAACCUGCGCAUGUCUGAGCGAUAAGCGUCAGUAUCCUGCCUUCUUAAGGACCAUACCAAGUGACCACAACCAAGCGGCUGCACUGGCAAAAGCAGUCAAGUAUUUCGGCUGGACAUGGAUUGGGGCAGUGCGCAGCGACACAGACUAUGGAAAUUAUGGGAUGGCGUCGUUUCUAAAGGCUGCGCAAGAGGAGGGAAUCUGUGUGGAGUACUCCGAGUCCUACUACAGAACACAACCGCGCAGUAAACUGGAGAGAGUGGCGAACGUCAUCCGGAGAUCAACAGCCCGGGUAAUAGUAGCGUUUGUUCACGAAGGCGAAAUGAGGUUUUUGUUGGAGGAGCUGACAAGACAGCCGCCGCCUCCACUUCAGUGGAUCGGCAGCGAGGCGUGGAUUAUAGAUCCAGAAUUUCUGCGCUUUAACAUGUGCGCUGGGGCGAUAGGAUUUGGGAUCCCCCGAUCGGUGAUUCCAGGUCUUCGUGAGUUUCUUCUGGAUCUCUCUCCAGCACAAGCACUGAAAUCUCCUCUGCUAACGGAGUUUUGGGAGAGCUCGUUCAGCUGUAGCCUAAACGGCUCCUCAGAGGGCGCGCGAGAAUGUGAUGGCAGCGAUGAUAUCCGCGCGCUGCAGAACCCGUAUACAGACACGUCGCAGCUGCGCGUGACUAACAUGGUGUAUAAAGCUACAUAUGCCAUAGCGCAUGCCAUCCACGGUGUUAUCUGUAAUGACACUCAGUGCGACAAGAAUAUUAAAUUCGAAUCCUGGCAGAUACUCGACCAGCUCAAGAGAGUGAACUUCACUACAAAGAAUGGCUAUCAGGUAUCGUUUGAUUCCAGUGGAGAUCCUGUGGCCAUGUAUGAGCUUAUAAACUGGCAGUUUAGUAAAGAUGGUGGUCUGGAUUUCGUGACUGUGGGACACUAUGACUCAUCCAGACCAAGAGGCCAGGAAUUCAGUAUGAGCAGAGCUAUCAGCUGGAUGGGGGGACAGACUGAGGUGCCAAGAUCUGUGUGCAGUGAGAGCUGUCCUCCAGGAACCAGGAAGGCUGUGCAGAAAGGAAAGCCAGUCUGCUGCUAUGACUGUAUACCAUGUGCAGAAGGAGAGAUCAGUAAUAAGACAGACUCUUUGAACUGCCUACGCUGCCCUCCUGAGUUUUGGCCCAAUGCCCAGAGAGACAGCUGCCUCCCAAAGCCUGUGGAGUUCCUGUCCUGGGACGAUAAUCUGAGCAUCGUUCUAACAGUGUUCUCCAUCUCUGGGGCCUUCAUAGCUGUAUGUGUAAUUGUUGUUUUCUACAAACACAGAGCUUCUCCAAUUGUCCGAGCCAACAACUCAGAGCUGAGCUUCCUGCUGCUCUUCUCACUGACUCUGUGUUUCCUCUGCUCACUUACUUUCAUUGGCCAGCCCUCUGAGUGGUCCUGUAUGCUGCGCCACACAGCAUUUGGGAUCACCUUUGUCCUCUGCAUCUCCUGUGUUCUGGGGAAAACCAUAGUGGUGUUAAUGGCCUUCAGAGCUACACUUCCAGGCAGUAAUGCCAUGAAAUGGUUUGGGCCUCCACAGCAGAGACUCAGUGUUCUCAUGUUCACUCUAAUACAGGUCCUAAUUUGUGUUCUUUGGUUGACAACAUCUCCUCCUCUCCCCUUGAAAAAUCUGAAACAAUACAAGGAAAGGAUAAUUCUGGAAUGUGGAUUAGGUUCAGCUAUAGGUUUCUGGGCUGUGCUGGGUUAUAUAGGGUUUCUGGCUCUUUUGUGUUUUAUUUUGGCUUUUCUAGCUCGGAAGCUGCCUGACAACUUUAAUGAAGCCAAGUUCAUCACAUUCAGCAUGCUCAUAUUCUGUGCAGUGUGGGUCACCUUUAUCCCAGCUUAUGUCAGCUCUCCUGGAAAGUUCACGGUAGCUGUAGAGAUAUUUGCAAUUCUUUCCUCAAGUUUUAGUUUGAUUCUUUGUAUAUUUGCUCCUAAAUGUUUCGUAAUUUUGUUUAGACCAGAACAGAAUACCAAGAAACAUCUUAUGAGCAAAGUGCCCUCCAAGUCUCUUUGA